AUGGCCAGCCGCUCCUACCGCAUCAGCCCCGGCUGCGGGCCCAGGGACUUCAGCUCCUGCUCGGCGGUUGUGCCCAAGCCUGGGGCUCGCAGCUGCUCCAGCGCCGGGGCCUACUGUGGGGGCAGUCCGGGGGGGCCGGGCUACAGGCGGCUCGGGGGCUUCGGCAGCCGGAGCCUGUGCGCAGUGGGGUCCCCGAGGAUCGCGGUGAGUUGCAGGCGGCCCCUUCGCAGCGGGGGCAGCUUUGGGUACCGGGCAGGAGGUCUCUGUGGACCCAGCCCGCCCUGUAUCACCACCGUGACCGUGAAUGAGAGCCUCCUGGCGCCCCUCAACCUGGACAUCGACCCCAACGCGCAGUGCGUGAAGCAUGAGGAGAAGGAGCAGAUCAAGUGUCUCAACAACAAGUUUGCCGCCUUCAUCGACAAGGUGCGCUUCCUGGAGCAGCAGAACAAGCUGCUGGAGACCAAGUGGCAGUUCUACCAGAACCAGCGCUGCUGCAAAAGCAACCUGGAGCCCCUGUUCAACGGCUACAUCGAGACCCUGAGGCGGGAGGCCGAGUGCGUGGAGGCCGACAGCGGGCGCCUGGCCGCCGAGCUCAACCACGUGCAGGAGGUGCUGGAGGGCUACAAGAAGAAGUAUGAAGAAGAGGUGGUCCUCAGAGCCACAGCUGAGAAUGAGUUUGUGGUGCUGAAGAAGGACAUCGACUGUGCCUACCUGCGUAAGGCUGACCUGGAGGCCAAUGUGGAGGCCUUGAAAGAGGAGAUGGGCUUCCUGCAGUCCCUCUAUGAGGAGGAAAUUCAGCUCCUUCAGUCACAGAUCUCUGACACCUCGGUGGUGGUCAAGAUGGACAACAGCCGGGAGCUCAACAUGGACUCAAUUGUGGCUGAAAUCAAGGCUCAGUACGAUGAUGUCGCCAGUCGCAGCCGGGCCGAGGCCGAGUCCUGGUACCAAAACAAGUGCGAGGAGAUGAAGACCACGGUGACCCAGCAGGGUGAGAACCUCCACAGAACCAAGGAGGAGCUCAACGAGCUGAACCGCAUGAUCCAGAGGCUGACGGCCGAGGUGGAGAACGCCAAGCAGCAGCGCUGCAAAUUGGAGGAAGCAGUGGCCGAGGCAGAGCAGCAGGGCGAGGCCGCCCUCAGCGAUGCCCGCUGCAAGCUGGCAGGCCUGGAGGACGCCCUGCAGAAGGCCAAGCAGGACAUGGCCUGCCUGCUCAAGGAGUACCAAGAGGUGAUGAACUCCAAGCUGGGCCUGGACGUGGAGAUCGCCACUUACCGGAAGCUGCUGGAGGGCGAGGAGAGCCGGCUGUGUGAAGGUGUGGGCUCGGUCAACAUCUGUGUGAGCCGAUCCCAGGGCGGCGUGGUCUGUGGGGACCUCGGCUCCAGCGUCCCGCGUGGCCCGGCAGGUGUGGCCCUGAGCGGUGGCGGCGUCUGCUCCCCGUCUGUCCUCGUCUGCUCCGGCGCCAGGGCUGUGCGGUUUGCGUAG